GUGGUGAUUCAGGAAUUUGUCUAGCGGAAGAUGCUGUAGACGCUGUGAAAGACGUAUGCGAGAUCAUAACCAAAUGGCAGAAGAAAGUUUUAAAUUUUUAUAAUAAAAACUCUACAAAGUUACAAAUAGUAAUGAGGAGGACAAGAGACGUAACUAUCGAUGAAGUAGACGCGAUGAUUAAGUAUAAACAAGCAAGGAACAGGGAUGCUCAUAAGUCAAUUUGGAAUCCUUUUAAAUCAAAUCGGAAGCAUGAUCAAGCAAUCGAGCGUAUUUCGAUUGCAAAUCAUCGCCGAGCUAUAAACUGGAGACUAUAUGUAACACUUAAGAAAUGUGUGAAGAAUUUGUAUGCUUAA